CUGCGCGCUUUUCAGUUCGAUCGUCCCAUUUCAGGUGUGUGCGUGACGCCACAAGAUGUGGCAAUGUUGUUCGACACUUCAACAAGUAUAACAGAGGAGGGCUUUUGGUCGAUGAAAAGCUUUGCAACUUUUAUGAUACAGCUGAUGGAAUUGGGAUCAACGAAAACUCGUGUGUGUCUCGUAAAGUUCCCAAUGAGACCAACACUGGUGUCUAGUUUCACCAAAUUUUCUUCCACGGAUGACAUCGAGUCUGCCAUUGGCUCAAUUGUUUACGGAGAUGGAGACACGGGUACGUUUACUCUAAGCGGUCUAAACCUUUUAUACCCUAACACUAACAUGCAUAUUCUUCAUACCGCUCUGUAUACUUUCUUAAAGUUCUGACAAGGGGAAUUUGUCAAACAAUAGAGAGCCUCCAUAACUGGUGAUCGUUUCCUCUAUUCUCGUGAACGUAAUGUUUGAUUCAGGGGUGAUAUUGUAAGGAGAAAUUAGAGGCUAGUCACUCUUAUGGGUCAAGGGCUAAGCAAAAAGUAAAGGGUUAAAGUCACAAUCGAAUCUAGUUUGCAUCCGAGUGGCUGAGAAAGUGCCGCGAAUUUUCUUGAACAAUCACACAACGUUAACUAAGAACACCGUAUCCAUCGCGGAAAGUGAAACUGAGAUAUUACAUUCAGGGUUUUUUUUAAAUUUCACGUAUAUUUUCAGACGUUGAAGAGGGUUUGAGGGUAGCAGCAGAUGAACUGUUUAAGGAGGAGAGUGGCACGAAGCUGGAAGAAUCCAAGAUCCUGAUUGUAUUUUCAGAUGGUGGUUUUAGAGGUUUCUACUUGGUGAGUCUUUUCUGACAAAUAUGUCAAAUAACACUCCCCUCCGAGACAACUCCGCGAAGUGUUUGCGGAGUUUUUAGUCCUCGUAGCUGUCUCCUCUGGUAUACCAGUUCUUCAUAGAACAACUCGGUAGGUUAUGGUAGACCGAAAGGACUAGCAUUUUCGUCGCGGGUUGAAGAGCCAAAGUGUCUAUAUAAAGGAAAGUUGUCCCGAUUAACAGGGUUACAUUAGCUGCUCUGGUAAGACAAUUAUCCGCGCACAAGCGGGAACAUUAAUCAGUCCACGUAUGGAUGUCAAAGUGGCGCGGGUCUUUUCCAUCAAUGAACCUCUGGGAACACAUCGCAGUGCCCUUAGUUGCCUCCAAGCGCGGGAAAAGGCACGCAAAACUUUGCUAGCUCAAUUCUGGUUGGUUAUAAAAAUGGUGCGCGUUUUUUCUAAUCAACCAAUGAGCGCAGGGAAAGCUUCUCUUCUUUUACUACAUUCAAUCCUUUUUUUCACCCCAACCCUUAGGAUCCCAGGAUAAAUGCAGCACACGUGAUCACAGUCGCAAGCGGUCCAGUAAUUCACAGAGAUCAGCUCGAGUCACUCGUUAAAGAUCCGAAAAAAGACUUCUUUACCAUUGCUGAUGAUUCGGCCAAAAGAGUGGUGCAGCGAAUAAAUGAGUUGACCCAAAAGGACUGCAACGAGGGAUGA